GCUUUUCUCUUUCACAAUCACUUCAUACGUUCAUCAUAGCACCAUCAUUUUUGCCUCAAAUCGUCUGUUUGAAGUGCACCACUCUAGAUUUUGUUUUUCUCCUUGUACAUAUUUUCCCACCACAAAACAAGCAAAGCACGUGUCGAGGCCGCAUAUUUUCUCUGGUGCUGUUGAUUUUGUGUGGGAGACCGUUUCUAUAAUUAUGAGUGGUCUUAAUGGAAUAAGCAGAGUUAAAGAGCAUUAGCUGAGUAAAUGCAACCCGGCUGAUGUGAAACAGAGACGCGAUGGUCAGUCGGCGCGUGUGUGUGUGUGUGUGUUGUGGAUGGAUCACUCCAUCAUGCUCAGAUUAGAUUCAGUCCAGUAAAGCCUGAUAAACGAGCGGCUGCAGCUGCAGUUCUGCCUUUAAUGCGGCUGAAACUUGAGUCUGUCUGCAGAGGGACUCGCCCUCCAUAUAAAGCACCCCACACUGAUAGAUGACAGCCACUUUAAACCCCACCUUCAUCAUCAACAUUACAUACAGGUAAUCAAAAUCAUCAUCUUGAUGUGAUGUUGAUAUUGAUGAUGAUGAUGAUGAUUUUGGGGUUCAUGAUGAGGAAGAUGAUGUCCAGCUGGCAAGACUGUCGACACUGGACCUGUGACGUUACUCUGUCAUCCGUUUCUCCGGCAGUGGGGCUUCAUCUGGUGAUCUUCCUGGACCAUGAGCAGUGGUGUGAACCUGAAGACGAUGUCUCAGAGCAGCUCUGGUAUUCCUCUGCCACGGAGUCUGACCAGCCUCUCCAAACAGGACACCAGGGGCUCGAGCAGCGCUUUACUGGGUCCAGCCGCCCAAAAAAAGCUGCCUGGACGAACAUCCACAUUAUCUUCCUCAGCCUCAUCCAUGUCGUCUCUAUCGAUCUCAAAGGAGUUGCUCAGAGGCACCGGUUGGAGAACUCAGUCUUUACAGAGAACACAUGGGACGUCCGGUGGAACAAACAGGCCGUCAUUUGCUCCCCGUUCGGCCCACAGCAGCCCACAUGUGCCCAGACGAGAAAUUAUCCCACUCAAAAACAGCCUCCGGAGGGGCUCGUUGCCCCAGGAUGAAUUCAGAGACCUGGAGAGACACUCCAACAAGAACUGGAGAUCUGGCUGUCAUCACUUCAGGAGUCUAGACAAUGAGGUUGUUGAAUCUUCUCGAGAGGAACAGACGGGUCAAGCCCUUCGCAAGCCUACCAACGGGAACGUCAUUUGGGAAACGUCAACUGCUGUUCAGAGGGACUUUCAGAAGCAGCGGAUGAAAAUGCUGGCUCGUGGUGACAGCAACAGAGGAACGAUUGCGUCCAAAUCUCAUGUGAACGGCACAAACACGGGUCCUGCAGGAAGGGAGUCUCCACGCAUGGCAGCGGUGGCACCUUUCAGAUUCAGGCUGCAGGUUGGAGAAGACGCUGAAGCUUCUCUUGAGGAUCUGAGCGAUUGUUCUUCAGACUCUAUGGAAGUGUGCUGUGAGGAUUUGGAUCCCGAAUCUCAAAGGAAACGGACGGUUCAGAAUGUUCUGGAUCUCAGACAGAACCUGGAGGAAACCAUGUCCAGCCUGCGAGGGACUCAGCUCAGCCAGAGUUGUCUGGACAGCAGCGUCUGCUACGACAGCGAUGAAACCAACGCUCGUAGCAUCUCCAGCCUCUCCAACCGUUCCUCUCCUCUCUCCUGGCGCCACGGACAGUCCAGUCCUCGUCUGCAAGCCGGCGACGCUCCCUCCUCAACGGGCAGCAGCUAUGUGUCGGGCACCAAGGCCUCGUCUCAGUACACCUCUCACACCAUGCCUGCCCGCUGCUCCAGCCGCCUCAGCCACACGUCACGCAGCGAGUUCAUCGAAGGCCUGGACGCCAGAGACAGCGACCUCAAGUCUGGUUACCUGAGUGAUUCUGAUGUACUUUGCAAGAGCCUUAAUGACGACGAUGACGAUGACAAUCUGGCCAAUGGCUGGGACGAGAGCAGCUCCAUCAGCAGCGGAUUGAGUGAUGGUUCUGAUAACCUGAGCUCAGAGGAACUCAACGCCAGCUCGUCUCUCAACUCCCUCCCCACCACACCUGUCGGCUCGCGACGCAACUCCUCCGUCAUGUUGCGGACGGAUGCAGAGAAGCGUUCUCUGGUGGAGAGUGGACUGGCGUGGUACAGCGAGGACAGCAAGUCCUUACGGAAAGCUGAUGGGGUUUAUGACACAGGCAGCCUAAAAUCAGAGCCUUCCAGCAAGUGGAGGAAAACUCGGCUGCCGGAUGGUUCUGUGCAGGACAAGGCAGGGAAAGGAGACCUGAAGAAACCUCAGAGUCUCGGACAUCCUGGGAACUUCAAAAAGAGCCGCAAUCCUCCUGUGGGCGUCACCUCACCCAUCACACACACUUCACAAAGUGUGCUAAGAGUUGCAGUUUCUAAAGGAGACACUAAGGCAGUUGACAAGGUAAAAAUGUCUGUCAAGGCAACGGGUCUCCAGCGUUCCCGUUCCGACGCCGGCCGGGACAACGAGCACCGCAAGCCUCCCUCAGGUCUGGUCAAACCCUCCGCCGGCGCCUCCUUCGGUUACAAGAAACCGCCGACUACCGGAACCGCCACCGUCCUGACAGCAGGAGGCGCCACCAUCACCAGCGGCUCGGCUACUGUGGGCAAAACCCCCAAGUCCUCGGGCAUCCCCAUCAAACCCGUCCCAGGUGGAGGCAGUCGCAAAAACAGCCUGGACGCCAGCGGCUCCGAACAGGGUUUUCUUGCACCCAACGCUCGCGGGAGCAUUCAGUACCGCAGUCUGCCGCGGCCUGCUAAAUCCAGCGCUAUGAGCUUGACCGGACGCCCUUCCUCUCGUCCUGUUAGUGGCAGCAGCGACACCAGUCUCUUCACCCUUAAACCCGUACCCCCUCUGCCCAACACCAUGCCCACCAGAGGAAAAGAUGGAGGCAGUUUGAAAGCGUCUAGUCGCCCGAGCAUCACUGGACCCGUCAACCAAACGGACCGUGAGAAGGAGAAGGAGAGGGCCAAGGCCAAAGCCGACCUGGAGAUCAGCUGUCUGAAGGCUGAGAACCAGAGCGACUGCUGCGGAGAGACUGUGGAGAAGAUCCACCGAGUGCGGAGGACGAGCACGAGUAAAUACCCAGAACUGAGCUCUCCGACCAGCACGCCAAGGUUGUUGAGCAGUAAGUCUCUAGUUCAUCCUCCCAGCUUGGCUCAUCUAGACAAGGUCAACUCCAACAGUCUGGACUCCUGUAUCACCAUCCAUGACCUUCCUCCAAAGAUCCCUCCCUACUCCAAGCUGCAGGACCUGGCGGGCUCCCGCGUUCCCCCUCGACUCACCCCGAGCCCCGCGCCGGUGCUCCACAUCGACUCUCCCAGCUGUUUCUCAGGCCAGACGCUGUCGGUCAGCAGCUCCCCCAUCCUCUACCCCAAGAUGUCCGGCCUGCACCGCAGCAUGGAGUCGCUGCCGCUUCACAUGAGCGUCCCCUCCAAACCUGAUCUGGGAGAGCGGGACGAUGCCAGGAGUACUGGGACGUGGGGUGCAUGCAGUCGGACCUCCAUCCCUUUGGGCGACAGUUUACAAACUGAUAGGAACACCUUUCCCAAGAAAGGAUUAAGUCGCUAUGGCAGCGGCCAAUCAGAGGGAGAAGUGAGGGAACGCCGUCAUUCCCACACGAUCACGAGCAUGACGGAUUCGGAGAGCCCGCCGCAGCUGCCCUCGCCGACACACGUGACACAGCCCUUCCUGGGAAAAACGCCGCCGACCAACGUGGUGGCACCAAUCCCAAGUUCAGGCUCCGGUUCCCAGAUCACACGCUCCAGCAGCAUCCCGGCGAAUGACAUGGGCUACGAGCUGUACGGCACGUCUCCUCUGGGCAGCUCUCUGUCUCUGGCCGACCGUCCAAAGAGCAUGAUGAGAUCCGGAUCCUUCAGAGAGCCUAGUGAAGAUGUUCAUGGAUCUGUACUGUCUCUGGCCUCAAAUGCCUCGUCCAACUAUUCAUCAACUGAAGAGAGAAUGCAAGGAGAGCAAAUCCGGAUACUGAGGCGUGAGCUGGAGUCGUCUCAGGAUAAAGUGACCAAUCUGACCAACCAACUCUCAGCAAAUGCUAACCUGGUGGCGGCGUUUGAGCAGAGUCUGGCCCUCAUGACGGCACGACUGCAGAGUCUGUCAGUCACUUCUGAGCAGAAGGAUUCUGAGCUACAGGACCUGAAGGAAACCAUAGAAGUCCUAAAGACCAAGAACACAGAAGCUCAGUCCAUCAUUCAAGUGGCCCUCAAUGUCCCCGACACCGCACCCAAAGAGCUGCAGAUCGACCGGCAGAACUCGUCAGAGAGCAUCUCCAGUCUGAACAGCAUCACCAGUCACUCCAGCGCCGGCAGCCUGAAGGAACAGGAGGCCAAGAAGAAGAAGAAAAAGAGCUGGCUGAGGAGCUCCUUCAACAAGGCCUUUAGUAAAAAGGGACCCAAAGCACCAUACGCAGAUAUAGAGGAGAUCGCAACGCCGGUCACAUCUGCCCCAUCUUCACCCCAAAUCCAACAUAAUGUGGAUAACGCCUCUGCAAAUGCCUCGAUUUCAACAUCUGGAUCGUGCGAGGGCCACGAGGACACUGAGCAGGAUGAGAAAGUGGUGUCAGAGUUACGCUCGGAACUGUGGGAGAAAGAGCGCAAGCUGACGGACAUCCGUUUGGAGGCGCUGAGCUCCGCCCAUCAGCUGGAGCAGCUGCAGGAGGCCAUGACCAACAUGCAGGUGACGGUGGAAAACCUGAAGGCGGAGAAUGACCAGCUGAAGACGGGUGGCCCCUCCUCCAGACCUCCGAGCUCCACCUCCCAGUCCUCUGGCCUCGGUUCAUUGGGCGUCUCAUCACCACGGCAAUCAGUGUCGUCUUUUGGAAAAAACGGCAUGGGACAAAAUGAGCCUUACCCAGAUGUCUUUCAAAGCCCCACCACGACUUUGCAGAAGGACGAGAGUCUCGUCAGAGUGUUGGUUCGCAUACCCAAUCAGCACCUAUUCAAAGACGAAGUGAAACAGCUGGAGUUUUUCAUCGGCACGGUUAAAAUCAGUGGAAGGACCGACUGGUUUUCUCUGGACUCUGCAGUUAUCCAGGCUUUUAAAGAGUAUGUAGCGGUGGUGGACCCCGGCUCCACUCUCGGUCUCUCUCAGGACUCCAUCUACAGCUACAGCCUAAGCCAUCUGAAGAGGGUUCUGGGAGCGCUGCCGCCCGAGACGCCUCCUGUGCGCCUCUACAGCAAAGGCUCCUCCUGCAUCAGCGUGACUCUGAAAGGACUGAAGGAGAAGUGUGUGGAUGUUCUGGUGUUUGAGACACUCAUCCCCAAGCCCAUGAUGCAGCAUUACAUCAGCCUGCUGCUCAAGCACCGGCGCUUGAUCUUAUCGGGUCCCAGCGGCACAGGGAAGACCUACCUCACCUACCGCCUCGCUGAGUACCUGGUGGAGCGCAGCGCUCGCGAAGUUACGCCCGCCAUCACCAUCACCUUCAACAUGCACCGCCAGUCCUGCAAGGACCUUCAGCUCUAUCUGUCCAAUCUGGCCAAUCAGAUCGAUCGGGAGAGCAGCACAGCUGAGAUCCCAUUGGUUGUUAUCUUGGAUGAUGUGCAUGAUGCAACAUCCCUCAGUGAACUUGUUAAUGGUGCUUUAACCUGUAAAUAUCAUAAAUGUCCAUAUAUAAUAGGGACAACCAAUCAGCCAGUGAAGAUGACCCCUAACCAUGGCCUACACCUCAGCUUCAGGAUGGUGAUGUUUUCCAAUAACGUCGAGCCAGCAAACGGAUUCCUAGUACGUUACCUGCACAGAAAGCUAAUGGAGGCUGAAGAUCCCAGGAGCGUGAAGAAUGAAGAUCUGCUGCGAGUGCUGGACUGGGUGCCCAGACUCUGGUACCACCUCCACACCUUCCUGGAGAAACACAGCACCUCUGAUUUCCUCAUUGGUCCCUGCUUCUUCUUGUCCUGUCCAGUAACAGUAGAGGAAUUCCGCACGUGGUUUAUCGAUCUUUGGAAUCAUUCAAUCAUCCCAUACCUGCAGGAAGGAGCCAAAGAUGGCAUUAAGGUUCACGGGCAGAAGUCGGUGUGGGAGGAUCCGGUGGAGUGGGUCAGAGGAUCUCUGCCCUGGCCGUCUGCUCAGCAAGACCAGGCCAAACUCUUCCACCUGCCUCCCCCGAGCACAGGCCCCGGCAGCCCCAGCCAGCCAGGAGACGAUCGGCCACAUAAGGAGACGCCGCCCAGCUCCGUCGAGUCAGAUCCACUGAUGGCUAUGCUGUUAAAACUACAAGAGGCUGCCAAUUACAUCGAGUCACCAGAGAAAGAAACAGAUCCAAAUCUCCCUCCUCUCUGAACAUCUCCUCCAUCUCUCCUGCCGCCCAUGUCGAGGUCCAAACUCCAACAGCUGCCCCACACCUGCAGAUGACACUGUACUGUUACUAUAAAUGCUGUUAGUGCAUUUCACCCACUCGUUUAUUAUAUUAUCCAUCCCACCUUUUUCAUGUCAAUCGAAUGUCCCUUACAGAAAAGUACUGUGGUGGUACCGUGGUACUUUCUCAUUUGGGUAGUUGACUUGUUCUGCAGUAUGACAUGCUAUACGACUAUUUUAAACAGCAUUUUGCUCUUUUAAAGUUAUGCAUGCAGCAUGCAUGAAUCAUAAGACUACACAGAGUAUUUGUAGUUGUAAUAAUGGAUUUGUUGCACCUCAGGACCUUUAAAAUGAACUAGUGAUGGCAAAAAUCAUGGUUAAAGUGGUAGAAAAACUUCAGGAAGAAAUGGUGACCCAUUACAGGACCUAAAUCUAAACCUUUGCAAAAUAGUUUGAAUAUUAGUGGUGAUCCAUAAAACUAUCCAUAUACCGUGGUGCCGAGUAAAUAACAUGGUAUUAUCAUGUUAGUGACCAAACCAUGGUAAUACCACCACAGCCAGUUCAUCCAUGCUAAAUUUUAGUUUUUACCACGGUACUUUUAUGUAAGGGCUUGCAAAAACAAUAUUCUGUCAUGAAACGUAACUCUCCUUAAAAAAAAUGAUGAAAAUGAUCAUUUUAUAGCACUUCUUUCUGCAUAUUUCCAUUUACGGACACUUAGUACAUAUGUAAUUCUCUUUGCGGGAACCUUUACUCUUCCACUGCUGCCCAUAUUAACAACGCAACGAGACAGGUGCUAAAAUCGCUAGUGUGGUAAUGAAUAAGAGCCAACAUGGGAGAUAUUGGGAAAUACUAUGUGUCUCACUUAAUAAUGUAACUCUUUACAGGCCACUUUAGCCUAUGCUGCUUUUUGUACGCUUCAUUUCUUUCACGUUUGAAUAUGGCCACAGCAUGAGUUAGUUUAACCCCAGAAACACUUAUGCAGACUGCAUUACACCUUCUUUCUCUUUCUAACACAGUGAAUGCCUUACAACAGAUUCUAAGCGUGCUAUCAUGUUCCCUCCUCACUCUGUAGGGGGCAGAGUUAAGCAAAGUUCAGAAAUGAAUCUGAAUUAAAUCGGAUGUCACAUUGAGGAAUUUACUGAAUUGCAAUUCAAAACAAAUCUUGACGGAUUGUGGUUUGUAGAAAACAGCUGAAUGAUAUUUCAAACUUAAAACUGAAAUGUAUUAUUAAACAUGCAGUCUUUGAAUUUCAUUCCAUUUUAAUUCUAAUUCCUAAAACUUGCAUCCUGUUUCUAAAGGCGCUUAACCCUGACAAGGGCAAGCGUUCUCCAAACUGAAGCUUGCGUUCCCUCAAAAGUUCCCACAGUACACAAAAGCACCUCUGUAAAGAUAAUUUGCAAUUGGAGAGACGGACCAUUUUUGUGCACUUUGAUUUACUGUAAUGAUACUGUAGAGACGUUUUACUUGGCUUUGACACUGAUCUCAGCUCAGGGGUUUGGUUAUCUCAGGCCUCUAAUUAGAUUCAAUACAGCUACUUUCUCAGUUACUGCUCUCUUUGUAGCAAAUGGUGCAAAUGUAGAAAACCAAAUACUCAGUGCUUUAUUCAGUAUGAGCCUUUUAUUUGAAGUACUAGAGACGAUCACCCCAGUAAAGUGCACACGGAUGCGAAGACGAAGAUUAUCUUUGAUUAUUUGGUGCUAUUCUCUAUCACUAUUGGAAAACAUGACUUGGUUUAGCAAAAAUCGCACUUGACAUCCAAUAGCCUUAGUCUUGUGGCAUUUAAGGGCAUCUUUAGGUGCAACCAAGUGAUCAUUUUAUUUAUACAAUCCUUUUAGUCGUAGUUUUACAGCUGUAAGCAUUAAGUUUCCUUAGACGUAGUUUAAACAUCGCACUAAAAAUCCACCGUGAAAUCACUAUGUCAAAGUAAAUCAGCCUCCUUUUUAAUGGUACUAUAAAAACAUAUCAAACCGCACAGCAUUUCUCUGAAGCUUAUGAUUAAUAUCAAAGUCUGCAGUUCUGUUGAGCACUAACGAGAGUACGUCCUCAACGCUCACACGGAAGAGGAUUCGCUCACAGAGAGCAGUGGUGGACCAGUAAUUUCCCAUCUCUGUACCUGAAACUAGUAUACAAACAUGCAUGUAAGUAAGAUCUGGGCUAUUAAAGUUUAUUAACUCAAAUCAUUUCAUUCCUUUCUAUUCAUCUAUACUGCGUUAUCAUUACUCUACAGUGUAAAUAUGAUUUUCGUAGUUCCUUCUCCAAAAAAUGAGGGUUUAUUAGCCAAAUAGAGAGACUCGUAAUGUUCAAGAUGGCAAAACGAUUUUGUUAUUUUAGCCUCCUUCAGUUGCGCUGCUGCUGCUUCAAGUCUAAUAUGUGACUUUUAUAUUUGAUUACAUUCCAGACAUAAGACAGUGUGUCAAUGGCUUUUGUUGCUUAUCUGCUGAAGAUCCUAGUUGGCCGUUUUAUAUCAGUAAAUGCUACCGCAACAAAAUAUUACAUUUAAUAACCGCAGCAUGUUGGUGAAUUACCACUGAUAUUGAAUCUGGAUCGGCGAAUAAAGCUAAUCAUUGCGGGAAUAAAUCUCAUUCCGGUUUUCCGCGAGCGUUUCAUUGUCAGCAGCUAUUCUUUGUUUUAAAAAGACGUUUAUUAGUGUGACUAAAGCCGCUGAACACUGUCUGCAUCAUGUUCCUGGUUAUUGUGCCUGUGACCGUGUGAUAGCUGUGCUGUGUUGUGCAAAGUCCCAUUUAAUGCGACAAUUCAGCAACUUUUUACUGUCUACUUUGUCUGUCCUAGAAUGGUAAUGACAGCACAUGGAUGGUGACUGGUAAAACUGGAUUUUUACAUUGAUUUCACUGUCUGUCGCUCAUAAGCUUUGGUUCGUGUCUGCUUCUGUUGCUGUUUUCACUCUUUAAUGCACCUUUUUACGUGGACUAUAUUGUUGCAAUAAUUUGUCAUGUGUGUUAAACAGAGUCAGGAACUCCAUUUGAUAAAGACCUUGGGUGAUUGUAUGCCUCGAUGGUGCUGUCUUGAGGUCAGGGUCGAGUUUGGGCAACUCGUGAAUGAGAACCUUCGGAUCUUUAAUAUCAGGUGUUGUGGUUUUAUAUAAAGUAUUUCAAAGAGGACCAAUGAAAAAUAUAAAGAUAAUGUUACAGAUACAAAGUGGUGAGAAGUUGCUGAAUAGUCCCUUCACUUCAUGCAAUGCUUGAUAUUGAUUCAACAGUCCAAUACUAUUACAUAAAAGGUAAUAUGACGGUAGAAGCUGUAAGUUACAAUGUGCAAUGGGUUUCUAAAUGUUGUAAACGCAUGUCACCUUAGUGUGAAGCAGAAUUACGGAUGUGUUCUAUCUAAUUUGGGGUCGUAUAAAAGGAAUGAUACUAGUUUCUUUUUAUUGUAAUGUUCCCCCAAAUGAUUGUUUGUACGACUUCAGUUCCAUUUUGUACAGAACGUUAUAAAUGUAAACAUUGUACAUAGCGUGGCCCUGCAUUUGCAACAACAAUCAUUUACGAAAAAAAACAUAAUGUCAUUAAGAAAUGUGGUUUGUAAGGAAGACUUGUGCUUUUGUUACCGAUGGAAUGGCCCAGUACACGAAAACUGGCAUGCUUCGGAUGUUCGUAAUAUGACCACCAAGACGUUGUCCAUCUGUCAUAAUAAA